AGUGCAGACUCCCUCUUUCCCUCCAAGCCAUGGUGGUUUAGGAGGGGAUAGAAUCCAGUCCCAUCUCAAUCUACAAGAAGUCCACGGAACUCAUUGCCACCAUUUGCAUGGAGGUGAAAGAAGUAGAAGAAACUAUAGAAGAGAUGCUAAUAAGGCUGGAUGAAUUCUGUGGCAUGACUGAUAUGAUUAGAAGUGAUACAUCCCAGAUCCUGGAUGAGUCCAUUCCACUCGUUAAAGCCAAAGUGAGGGAAAUGAACAACAUCUACACCAAAAUUGAUAAGCUGGAGGCAUUUGUUAAAAUGGUUGGACACCACGUUUCUUUCCUAGAAGAACAAGUGCUUGAAGCAGAGAAGACCCAUGGCAACUUUCCUUACUCUGUUCGCAAACUACUUCAGUCUGCCACUAUCCCCAUUUUUAAAAAUAAGCACACUCCAUCAGCACAGCACACGUAUGACCUCCCAGAACUCUACAGAACUGAAGACUAUUUUCCUAUGAACUAUGCAGGUACAAAACAUAAAAAUCAUUAAUGUUUGAAUUUAGGAACAGCUUUUAGGAAAAGGUUGCUUGAGGGUUUUUCCAUGUCUGAUAUCAUUCUCUGGAUUUGUUCUUAUGAUUUGUGCACUUUGUCCUGCCUUGAAUAAAAACCUGAAUUCUGUUAUGAGCAAAAUGUAUAUUAAUAUAUUGCAAUGACAGAGGAAAGUGGACCAUAGUUUCAUAAUACACUUAGUUGGUACACCUUUAUGGAAAUAGCUCAUUUUAAAGAGGAAAUUAAACUUUUUAAAACAUCAUGUGUGGAAAUGUAAAUACCAUUAAGUACAUACUUAGUUCUGAGUUUUGAUCACGUUACUUAAGAACAACAGUUUGGUUUAUCACUGAAAAAAUGUAUGAAAACUUGUCACUGUUCACACUGACAUUUGGAAACUUAUUUAUACAAAACACAAAGCUGUAGUGCUAUAGCUUGGUAGAUUAAAACAAUUUCAGAUUAUCUGUUCACAUUAAGUUCUAAAAUUGUAUUAACACUUACUGCAUGCUCUUCCCAUACCUGAAAUAGCUGUUGCGUUAUAGAUAACAAACAAAAGCCAACAUGACAAUUUUGGAUAUUUGCUAAUAAUUCUACAUGGCCAAGACAUUCAGGACUUUUCGUCAAAAUAGGAUAGGGCUUCAAAAGCCUUCCAAAAGUUGUUUGUAUAAUGUACUUUGAAUCAUGUAAAUAAACUUUCUGCAAAGCUAAAAAA